AUGUUGUUUGCUCCCGGCCACAUUUGGCGUGUCAGGCGCUUUGUGGCGCCGUUCCAUUUGCUGCAUGCAAACCCUGGUGUUCGGUUUGCCGCCGCCAUGGAGAUCAGGCGUCAGCAGUCCACCAGUGCUGUGGGAGAUGACGACGAUGAUGAUCAUGAUGGGAAGUCUUUGCCCUCACACGGUGGAACGAAAUCUCGAAGGGGCCGAUCGAGGCGACGGGAUGCGCGCGGCAAGCAAGAGGGCGAGGCAACAAAAUUGGGUUUCCACCAGCAAAAAGAAAAUGAUAAGGGAAGUUCAGCAUCCGUGGUUUUGCCCACCAUUCUGACUAACGGAAAGGUAUUCUCGUCGUCAGUGCCUGCAGCACACUCUGAAGAUAGUUUGGCGGUAGCUCGCUCUCUUGAAGUUCACCGUCGGCUUUUGUCCGAGGCACAACUGCAUCGUCAGAUGCAAGCUGGUGAGACGGUUGCUUCGGGUGCUGCACACGUGGCCCAUGAGAAGAUUGAGCGCCGGCGAAAGAAAUGGGCUCUUACAGAGGUGGAGUUUGAUGUUGGCAUCACAGAGCGUCUCUUUCCGGAAAUACGCCGCCUGUCGUCACUGCACGAGUUACAUUAUGGUGAUGCCCUAAUGCGGGAGGUAGACGCCGCAUCUUAUUUUGCAAGCAAAGACAGUGGAAAAAUCCCUGAACAGUUGGCGGCGAAUGGAAAGACGGUGGAGAUGUCACUCACGGAUGCAGACUUCUUGUCAUUUGAGGAGCAAGAACCGCUGCAGCAACCAGUACCCGCUACCUCUUCGUCUUUCUCUACCGUGCCUUCAUCACUAGGUGAGAGCGGUGGCAUUCCUCCAGACAAGGAGGAGCGGAAACAACAGUCUCAAGAGUCAGUGUCCUGUCAACUUCAGAGUGAAGAAAAAGUCGUUGUUCACGGUGUCCGUACACCAUGGUUUGUACCAGAAGGCGGUGUGGUUCGGCUGGAACCACUCUCAUCCUCGGAUGCUGUGUGUCUCCUGUGCUUUGUGUUGCAUCUCCGUCGGCAAACACUGCAGCAUCUGCCACUUGCUGUUCAGAAAAGGAUGAAAGAGGCGCAAGCUUUGCAAGGGGCAGCAUCGAAUGACAAGAAGAGUUUGGGAAGGCAUCUCUCCUUGGAAGACGUCAUGUUAUACCUUGACACAGCUCCUCCACCUGUUAUUGGAUUUACAGAAAAUCUCCCACCCAGUAAAAGUCCGGCGUUUCUGUUUGUCCUCUACACUGAGAAUGUCUCAUUGCAGAAUGCCAUUGGGCACAUGGCGGCGCUUUUUAAUAUACCACAACGUGCAUUUCAUACAUGUACUGCGGUAUCCAAAAUGUCAUGUGGAGCCGUUCUUUGCGCGGUGGGUCCCAAUCAUCUGCAGCGCGAACAUUUACUCUUGCUCAACACGAUGCGUCAUCCGGGAUUUGUAUUACGUGUGGGAUCGGUUCGUGCCGUGGAAGAUGAAAAGUCUUGUGCCGAUCUUUUUGGUGAUUUGUCUCUCUGGCAGCCUUUGAAUGAAGUCGAACUAUUACUGCGUCGUGUAAGUUGCGGCAGUCGUCACGAGCUUGAACACCGCCUACGAGCCGUGCAGGAAGUGGGUGCAGUCUUCUUCUGUGCCAAUCGUGAGGCGUCAUUAGCACGAGCCGCUACGGAUGUGCUUCAUGGAUUUUUUAAGUCCGCUCUCCUUAACGCCCUUCACCGGAGAAAUGCUCCAAUGGCAAUGCGUCAUUUUUUAUCGCGGCCAAAUCCAAUCACUGCAGCACGGGCAAAACGUGUCUCCACGGACGCCACUGUGCGUCAAGUACUCAAGAACUACAUUCUUGUUGGAGGUGACUGGUCACAGACAGUUGCACGAACGCCAUAUGUAUGGCGGCGGCGUUGGUUGAGUGCCCUCCGCUGUUCUGUGUGGAAUAUGAUGGCGUCGCGGCGUCUACGUCACGGCGGACGUCGUGUCCUUCCAGGUGAUGUCGUGCUACGUCCAGAGUACCGUGCUGAUGCCCAUCGUCGCAUGCUUACAACAGUAAAGGCGGAACAUGUCAUGCUGGUGAAUAAUGAAUCUGAGGCCGCGGAAUGUAGUCUGGAGGAUGUCUUCAUCCCAUUUCUUCGUGGAGUCUACCCUUCCGAACUUUUUGCACCGGAAAACACGCAACACCCUAUUAUGACCCGAUCGAAUAUGUUGACUCUUCUUCGUGAGGCACACGCCCCACAGCUACUGCUUGGCAUGAGCGAUUCCUGUCGUUUAUUACUUGACAUUCGCAGCGAAUCAUCUCCGUUGUUGUUUCGCCGUUUUAUUAUUCGUCCGAUUGAUAUAACUUUCACUAUCCUUGAGGACAAGCCUCCGAUGAAAUCUAUUCACUUUGACGCUGCGCGUGUGCUUGAGAAUGAUCGGUUGCGUCUGCAGCGUUUGCCGCUUGCUGGGAAAUCAAUUGAAAAGGAAUCUUCGCAAACAUCUGGAGAUACCGUCGCUAAAUUUUCCUUGGCGUCAUCACUUGUAAGUCAGAGUCUUGUGUUGGGCUGCACAACAAUUGGGGCACGUUUGUCUAAUGGUCUACUUGCUGAGGAAUUUUUUACUCCGCCAGUGCGUGAGGAGUACGUGGCUCUUGGACACGUGGAGCGACAGCUGAACGGCAAUCUUGUUCUUGCCGCUCCGCGUACGGGCGACGAUGCACUAAAAACAAUUGACCGCCUAUUUACGAUUCAUGUGCAUGCCGUUGUAAGAAAUGGAUUGGCUGCAUUAGGGCAUAUGCUACGUGAGUAUUUUAUCCUUGUCGGUGUGGAGCGUGAGGAUGACAGUGCACUGCAGCACAAAAUUCACCGCGUGCGGCGAGAACUUGAUACCGAGACACGGUGGCUGACAAGUCCAACGUUCUGCCGGGCAUGUUACUGUCGCGAUCAUGAUGCGUUGGAGUCAUGCGCUGAGUAUCAAUUUAAGCGUGGCAAACAUGAAAGUUUCAAGAGGCGGGAGGAAGUUAUUCAGGAGCUGGCAAAAGCCGACACGUCGGCAAUGCUGCCGCCCAAUGCCACAACAGGGAUGACGGAUAUGGGUAGUAGUUUGGCGACAGUGGAAAAUCCAAAGGAUGAUAAUAUGGUCCUGGAGCUGGAGCUGCGACUGCGUCGUCGAUCAGAGGAACAAAAAUGGGGUAUUCACCUCACUUCCACCCUUUAUCUUUCUGCGAUCGACGAUGUGACUGUAGUGUCGGAGUGUCGACUACGCUGGGGGGCAAACGUCCCUUACAGUCCUGCCAUUCAGAAAGUAUUCCGAAAUGAAAUGUUAGGGCAGAAUGAGCAUCAGAAGGGAAAUGCAACCAAAAAAAGCGAUGGGGCGAAUCCGCAGUUUGUGGCCCUUUCUCAAUUUAUUCUAAAGGCAAUGGGUGGGACGGAGAGUCUGUUACGUGCCGGCGAUGAUGAUUCUUUUUUGCCGCUUAUAAAUACAAGUGAAGGCUUACCACUCUCCCAAUUCCAUGACGUCUUUCCGCCUCCAACCUCAAUUUUAACUGAUGGGGUUGCUACUGCUGAAUCCCGUUUGGGGGCUGAGGAUGUGAACUCCCGCAAGUUUCUGAGGCAAUGCAAGUGGGUUUUGACUGGCAUCAAUGACACGGCGGUGACGGAGCGUCGUCAAGUGGCUGCUGUGUUUGUGAAACUUGGAAAACGGCGGGAGGUAUGUCUUCAGUUCCGCGCCACUCUUCAAGUUUUUGGUGGCUGUGGUGCUCCUUGCCUCAUCGCUGGUGAAAAGCUUCCAGAGACCAUUGAGCUUGUAUUAAAUCGAAGGGGUCCAUUCACGGGGGGAUGGGGUUUAAAAUUUGGUAGUAACUCCCUCGCGCUACUGAAUCUCUCACAGUUAAUUCAUGCAGACAGCUCUUCCGGGCUUAAAAUUGUCUUUGACCCACCAUCACUCCCAGGUGUUGCUAGCACUGAGACUGUGGAUGGCAAAUACGUGUUGAGCCGUGUCAAUGGGGAGGUGGUUGUCUCACAACGCGAUGUACUGGAACGUCUGCAGCGGAAAAAAGUUCAUGGAGAGGAAGAAUUUUUGCGGUUGCAACUUGUCUUGUGUUCUCAACGUGGGGAAGAAAACAUCGGGGUAACAGAAGGUGAGGAUGCAACGGUGGUAAAUCGCCUCUCUGCGUUUGGAACUGCUGGGAAAGAGGGAGGCGAAUACGGCCAAAUUGCAUCACAGGAGGGCGCAACUGUGGAAACUGACGGUGGAAAAAGUGGGGAGAAGGAGGUUCUGCCAGCGUGCAGUCCACAAUGUACGCCAGUAACACCGGCACAGCGCAAGCGCAGUGUUGCUACGAUUGUCAUCAACCGCAAACCUGAAGCUCCGUCAGGGCGAUGGGGAAUUCGUGUACAACGCGGGACGUUGCGAUUACAACGUAUUCAGAGCAAUCAUGACUUUUCAUUUCAGGUAUACGCGGCGAAGCGUCAACAAGCUCUGCGUAUCGCAGACACAUUGCGAUUUAAUAAUUUACAGAAGCGAGACAGGGACCAAUAUGGUUUGAAUGCAGGGCUGAUGGAAGAAGCAGAAGCAGCUACAAGUGAUGUGGCGUUUUAUUCUCAUUUUGUCUAUCUUAUUGUUGGUGUCAAUCAUCGCCGUGUUGAAAGUAUUGAAGAGUUGCGUGCAUCCCUCGCGGCGGCGGCGCGUUCAACAGAAGAAUCGGUUGUGCUUCAGGUACAGCAGUAUCGUCUUGCUCAAUUGUCUGUCCAGAUCGUGCGUGGCGGAGGCGACGGGAGUGUAGCGCUCGAACCUGUUGGUUUCCGAGUUUCACGUGACAUGGUGGUUGAGUCCGUUGAAGCAGGAAGCCCCAUGGCACGGGCAAUCUUAGCCGCCACAAACGAUGGAUGUUCUUUGCGUCACCUCAUCAACGGCGGUUCUUCUCCCACCGCUACGGCUGGCGAGCAUGGAGACUGUAGCGUCUCAAAUCUCUCUGGCAGUAAAUCCCAUUUGUCUACCAGUAAAAGGUGGGAUUUUCAUCUCGACGAAGACAUGGAGGCGCUGUCGGAAUUGCCGGCACCGGUGAAAGGUGCGACGACGGCGAGUGAUGCUGGGGCUUCUGGCAUCAUUACACCGCCUGUCUAUUGGAACAUGGUGGACGGUGUCAAAUUGAUGUCGAUGUGCGGUGGAAAUGGAAGAACGCGAUUUGUUUGGCGCGUGUCAUACGGAGUGCGGGCGGGGCCAUUACGGACGCCGCAGGAUGUUGCACGUGCUUUCGCAGCGGAUGUGAAGGAAGAGACGCUCUUCUUGCAGCAAUGCUUAAUCGAUGAUUGA